GAAACCAACCAGUCAUAUCUCCUGUAAUUCACUAUUUACUGCCCCCGACUGUCAAUUCUUACCCAAUCAUUCUUUUGGUUACCCGUAGUGGGAACUUCAAAUAGGACGCGUGUACAGAAGAUUCGUAUCGAAACAUGAAUAUUCCUUUCUCCGAUUUCCCAUAAUUAAUACGACGAAAUGAGUUUCUGAAGUCUGAUUGCAGGAAAAACAGAGAUGGGAGUGAAGUGGGUGUGCGUUUUUCUUGUUGCAGGACUGAUAUUGAGUAUUGCAGAUUUGGGUAAUUGCGGAAGAACAAGCAGUUAUGUAAGAAACGAUGACUUAGCUCAUGAUAUGUCACUAGACAGUGAUGUAUUUCGAGUUCCUCCUGGUUAUAAUGCUCCUCAACAGGUCCAUAUAACACAAGGGGAUCAUGAGGGUAGGGGUGUGAUUGUGUCUUGGGUUACUCCAGAUAAGCCUGGUUCAAGCACUGUGCUUUAUUGGGCUGAAAAUAGCUCCAGCAAAAACAUUGCUGAAGGGAUUGUACUAACCUACAAGUACUUCAAUUAUACUUCUGGAUUCAUUCAUCAUUGCACCAUUUCAGAUUUGGAGUUCGACACCAAAUACUACUACGAGGUUGGGACUGGGAAUACCACAAGACAGUUCUGGUUCGUGACUCCCCCAAAAGUUGGCCCUGACGUGCCUUAUGUUUUUGGCCUUAUAGGGGACCUUGGCCAAACACGCGAUUCAAAUAGGACGCUAACGCAUUACGAAUUGAACCCAACAAAAGGCCAGACUGUCUUGUUUGUUGGAGACCUCUCAUACGCUGAUGCUUAUCCAUUUCAUGACAACAGGAGGUGGGAUACAUGGGGAAGGUUCACAGAGAGAAAUGCUGCUUAUCAACCUUGGAUUUGGACUGCAGGAAAUCAUGAAAUUGAUUUUGCUCCGCAGAUUGGUGAAUUUAGACCAUUUAAGCCUUACACCCACCGUUAUCAUGUACCAUAUAGAGCAUCCGGUAGUACCUCUCCUUUUUGGUACUCCAUCAAGAGAGCUUCUACAUAUAUUAUUGUCAUGGCCAGUUAUUCUGCCUUUGGGAAAUACACUCCACAAUACAAAUGGCUUGAAAAGGAGCUUCCGAGAGUGAACAGGACGGAGACACCAUGGCUUAUUGUUGUUGUGCAUUGUCCACUGUAUAAUAGUUACGCACAUCAUUACAUGGAAGGGGAAACCAUGAGAGUAAUUUAUGAGAAAUGGUUUGUGGAGUUCAAAGUAGAUGUUGUCUUUGCCGGUCAUGUUCAUGCCUAUGAACGAUCUGAACGUGUAUCAAAUAUUGCUUACAAUGUUGUGAACGGCUUGUGCACUCCCAUAAGCGAUCAAUCUGCCCCAGUUUACAUAACCAUUGGCGAUGGAGGAAAUUUAGAAGGAUUAGUAACAGAAAUGACAGAGCCACAGCCAAGCUACUCAGCUUAUCGCGAAGCGAGCUUUGGUCAUGGCAUUUUAGACAUAAAGAACACGACUCAUGCCUAUUUUGGCUGGCAUCGGAAUCAAGAUGGUUAUGCUGUUGAAGCUGAUUCUGUGUGGUUGCUCAAUAGAGUCUCCAACCGCUUAGAGAAAACUUCCAUAGCUGCAUUAUGAUGAGCUGCAUUUUAUACACAGACAGCUUCAGCUGGAGUAUUAAGUUAUCUUGUAUGAACAAAAGAUGAAUAUUGUAUAGGAUGAAUUUACGCAGUUUACGUGACAUUCGGGGCAUUUUAUUAGCAGCUGUAAACAUGCUAUGAAAUUGGAGGUUGUGGGUUUGAUUCUUAUCGAGUCUAUUGAAAAUUUCAUGUACUUACCUGACA